AUGGGAUUUACAACUGCUUGGAAGAGGCUUUCGCCUUCCCAACUUAACAUUGCUAUCCAAGCAUUCGCUCUGAUCUCAAUCUUCUUCGAGGGUUAUGAUCAGGGUGUUAUGGGUGGUGUCAAUGCAUCGCCAAACUAUGUCACUGAGGUCAAGAUUGGUCUUCCCAAUGGCACCGUGACGAAUACCACCAAGCAGGGUGGAAUCGUCAGCAUUUAUUAUCUUGGUGCUAUUGUUGGUUGCUUCGUUGGUGGUUGGGCCGCCGAUCGCAUUGGAAGAAUCAACGGACUUUUCUACGGUGCUAUCUUCGCUCUUGUAGGAGGCGCCCUGCAAGCGGCCACCCAGGGCUCGGACUUCAUUUUGGUCGCACGCGUGGUGACAGGUCUCGGCACAGGAGCGCUGACUGGUAUCACUCCCGUCCUUGUCUCCGAAGUCUCAAGCGCUGAACACCGCGGUGGCUUUCUGGGUUAUGUCUUUAUUGCAAAUUACCUUGGUAUCUCGGUAGCCUACUGGCUUGAUUUUGGACUUUCAUUUGUCAACCAUGGAUACUCUGCCCUACGAUGGCGCUUCCUCCUCGCUUUCCAAUGCGUGCCCGCACUUCUCCUCCUCGCAGGCAUCAAGAUGUUGCCUGACUCCCCUCGCUACCUUGCAUCGGUGGGUAGAAACGACGAAGCCCGGGAAGUUCUCGAUCGCGUUCGUGGAUCUACAAACCCUGAAGCCGUCGAGAAAGAAUUCAACGAAAUUAUGGCUAUGGCCGAGGACACCAAGCCUGCUUCUCCGAUCGAGUUCAUCAAAAUUCUGUUUGGACUCGACAAGAGUCAGGGCGCUCAUCUGGGUCGCAGAGCUUGGCUGUGUAUCUGGUUGCAGAUUAUGGCCUCGUGGACUGGCAUUACCGCUGUGACUGCCUACAGUCCGGUCUUGCUCAAGCAGGCUGGCUAUUCGACAAUCAAGCAAAACGGACUUGCAGGAGGUCUCAACACCAUCGGAAUCAUCGGGACAAUCAUCUCUGCUCAGAUCGUCGACAGAUUCGGCAGACGCAAGUGUUUGAUGUGGGGAGCUGCUGGUUUGUUUGCUGUAAACUUAAUCGCUGCCUCGCUCUACGAAGCUUCCCGCCACGACCCUUCCAAAGCCGCUAGCAUCGCACCUGCCGCCGUAACCAUGCUCUUCCUCUUCAACCUUGUCUACGCAUCCACUUGGGGCACUGUCGCCUUCCUUAUACCCACGGAAAUCUUCCCAAGCAGAAUGAGAGCUCAAGGCAACGGAUUUGGUAUCACCGGCUGGGCCAUUGGUGUAGGUUGGACUGUUCUUGUCAACCCGAUUCUGUUCGAACACAUUGAGAGCCGCACUUACUUCCUCUUUGCCGCACUGAACUUCAUCUGGGUUAUGAUUGUCUUCCUGAUAUAUCCAGAGACGGCUGGUCGCUCUCUCGAGUCCAUCGAAGCCAUGUUCACAACCUCGCCCUUCUACUGGCACAUGGAAAAGGCAUAUGCCGAGAACAAAGACAUGUUUGCCAACACCCACAAGCAUGGUAUCGAAGGAAUCGACUUGGCUAAGGAGAAACAGAUCGAUUGUGCGCAUGAAGAGAUGUCAUAUGCGUGA